AUGGCUCGGUUAAACAAUCCUUCAGCCAGCUCAUUCACUUCGGUCCUUUUUGAUGGCGCUUCGCGCCCUUGCUUACCAGUUUUUAAAGAUGGGGAAGAUAUGACUUCAUACUUAAUAAAGUUUGAGCGCAUUGCCAGCUUGUUAAAUUUUAGAGAAGAAACUUAUGCUAUCAGACUGGGAAGUUUGUUGACUGGAAAAGCAGUUGAUAUAUACACCUCACUGCCUCCAGAAAUAACGUCUGAUUAUAAAUUGUUGAAAAAAGCUCUCUUACGGGGUUAUAGUAAAACUCCCGCAAGUUAUAGGAAUGAUUUUAGAACUGCUAAGAUAAAAUGUGGGGAAACAUAUGAGCAAUUUGCUAUUCGACUUGGACGGUUAUUUGACUAUUGGGUGGAUGCAUGCGACAUCACCAAAGAUUAUGAAUCUCUUCGUGAUUUUAUGUUGCUGGACCAACUAAUGUCUUCCAUUUCCCCAGAUCUGCGAGUAUAUGUGAAAGAACACAACGUCUCUUCUUUAUCUGAUGCGGUAAGCCUGUCGGAUAAUUGGGCAUCUGCUCAUAGUGCCUACCCCAAGUCGUAUCAAUCCUUUGACCAAGGUAAGAGAAGUGUGGCUCCAAAGCCCCCGACUCCAAUUCAGCCAGCUUUGAAAAGAGAUUUUUCAUCUGUUAAGUGUCAUGGGUGUGGUGACAUUGGACAUACAAGAUCUCGCUGUCCUAAAAAUCCCUUAGCUUACAAACAGUACUCCUCAGUUCCAACUCAUAAAGUCGGAUUUAGUCUGAAUGACAGAGGAAAGUCAAAGUUUAUGACAGCUGGUACCUUGAAUGGGGCUUGGGUCUCCACUAUUCUCAGAGAUACGGGGUGCACAUGUGUUAUUGUAUCUGACAAGUUGUUACCUGAUGUUGAUGUUUCUAGCACUGAUCUGGUGGGGAUAGAAGAUUAUCUUGGCCGGGUGGAUUAUUUCCCCAAAACUAAAUGCUUUUUGAAAUGUCCAUACUUUGAAGGUUGGGUUGAUGUGGUGAGAGCACCAAUUAAAUUUUGCAGUAUUUUGGUUGGGAAUGUACCAGGGGCAUAUAAUCCCAAAUUAUCUCCAGAUUUUGACUUAAAUGUACCUCAACAUUCAAAUAAUGCGCCUCUUGAUUAUUCAUGUGCAAUUCAAACUAGAUCCUCUAAAGUAAAAAGGGUUCACCCUUUAGUCUUACCAGAGAUUGAACCCCUUAAAGUUACCCCUGAGGAAUUUGCUAAAUUGCAGGCAGAAUGUCAUUCUCUGACCAAAUUGUGGGAAAAAGUGAAGUCUGAAGAACUUGAUAAAAUGCGAGACGGUACAGAAUUUAAGUAUGAGCAAAGAAAUGGUCUGCUUUACCGUACUUGUGUUGCUUCAAAGCAUUAUGAAAGAUUAGGCAAAUCUUCCCUAGUAGUACCCAGUGAAUGUAGAGCUAUCAUUCUCUCGGUAGGUCAUGAGAGCCCCUUGGCUGGCCAUUUCUCUCAUCGGAAAUCAGAAAUGCGCAUUAAAGACCAUUUCUAUUGGCCAAACAUGGGGGCUGAAAUCAGGGAUUUCUGUAAGUCUUGUGACAAGUGUCAAAGGAUGUCAACUAAGGGUAGAGUAAGACCAGUGCCAUUAAAGUCUAUGCCUAUUUUAACGGAACCAUUUUCUCGUUUCUAUUGA